GUCCCUCUGGAUCCCUCUAUCACUGAUCGAAAGCAUGCAGUCCGUAUCCAGAGCCUCACGCAUGAUCCGUCCUGGCGUCCUGCGGCGAUCAUUCGCAACCUCCAUACCCGCAAGAUCAGCAUGGAGUACAGGACCUUCGCCGCCACGAUUGCCCAAGGAAGAACAAGAGAUCUUUGAGAAACUACAGCAGCAGUCUACUGGGGCUUUUAGCACGCCACGAGAGCUCAAGGAAGAGUCCGGCGCUGAUGGCAUGGCUGCUGCUCCCAGAUCAUCCGAAGCCGACAAGAUGCUUGAACAGCUACGAGACCGAGCACGACUAGCCGCCAAGGGCGAUGGCGAAGAGCUGCAUCCGAAUGUACGACGAGGUGCGCCGCCUGAGUUCGAGGGCGAUAUCAAUCCCAACACUGGCGAGGUGGGAGGUCCGAAGAACGAUCCUCUGAGAUGGAAGGGAGAUUGGAGCUACAAUGGUAGAGUCACCGACUUUUAGACGCUUUUACGACACUUGAAAGAAGGCCUGUCUAUCUAUCCAGCAUCGCCCAUCCAGCGCAACUUCUCCGAUCACAUAUGUGACGAAUCGGCGUCGAUAUUAUACUUGUUGUGCUCACAAGUCGCAACCACCGCGCCGUCCUUUUCUCGAGUCAUACUCCCAGUAAGCAGACACAACCUCUUGCCGGCAUGCACAAUCUGCAGUCAAGAGUCAGUGAAGAGCAAGGUGGAAAAAGGGAGGUGAACAAGGCAUACCCGGCACUCGCACAAGAGCAUGUCAUCCUCCAUGGCCGGCUUGAGGUACACGCAAUGCAUCGACCUUGUGAUGCCCAUUGUGCUCCAAAAUCCAUAAUCGCAUAUCAGGAAUAAGCACCAGGUCGUGCAAACAUCCAUCAUCGAAGCGAUCGCUCCUCCAUGGAACGUCCGGGUGGGAUUAAGGUACUCCCUGAGUACGGGAAAGCGAUACACAAUCCUCGAAGUCGUCUUGGACAUCUUCUCGGCUUCCAAAACCUCGAGUUUCUUCAGCCAUGGUAUAAGGAAGUUCUUGUCGGGAUCUUCAUCUUCCUAUGCGAAGGGGCAGUGCAGUGUCAGCAACCAGCUCUUCCGAGGUCAAACUCAAUUGCUCGGCAUAAUCAUGUAGAAGAAUGUGAAGAUACCACAAACAAAUUCAAUCGUUAUUG